AUUUCAGUCGUUGAAACGGUGAUGCAGCGACUGUGAGUAGCGUUCGGUUGCACAGGUGUUCAAGCAAAGCGGCUGGUCAAGGUACCGCCAUGCUGCGCCGACGAUGCUCGUCAGUUACUCUGACUCGGAGUCGGAAGGCGAGCCGAGCUUGAAGUCGGAGACCGUGAUAGUAAGCCAUACGGCGGCAUCAUCCGUAUCAGAUACUAAGAUUAUCAAGAGACCCAGUCACUCGUGCUCGCAACCCCCGGAUGAGGUCACAGACCCGCUGACAAAGGAGAGAAAGAGGAGGAAGCUCCCAGUCGUUGACCUCUCCGGAAACGGUGCGAAGGAUGGGAGCAGUGCAGAGAUGCUCCCAGCCAUGAAAUGCAAGGGAGACUGGCUUUGCCAUGCCUUUCUAGAAGUCCACGCCCGUGCUGAUCUGACAAGUCUCCUCCACAAGGCCAGCAAAGAUGGCCGAUCGCAAUUGCAAGGCAUCCGCGAGACCGAGAUCCGACAGGGAGAAAGUACUCUGCACGUUUCUCUGACGCGGCCGAUACUAGUACGCCCACACGAGCGGCAGUCGUUCGUAUUGAUUGUUAAGGAAGCGCUGAAUGACGUUGCCGCUUCGACGGUCUCUUUUGCCCGAUUCGCACAUCUGAUCAAUGAGGAUGAGUCCAGAGGGUUUAUCGCGGUCGAGAUCAGUGUGGGCCACGACGAGCUGCAGACAAUGAGCAGCCGCCUCGAUUCGUACUUGCGCACCGCAUUCAAGGCGCGGCCAUAUUACGCAGCAAAGCGCUUCCAUUUUAGCUUCUUGACCGCCGAUCUCUCCACCUCUUGUGCACCCGUCAAGGAUGGAACGACCCAUGACAAACUGGUGAAGGCGCAGAUGCUGAGCGGCCUGGCGCGAGAUCUCGAGGGCAGGUACGGCCCCUCGCUGCGUGCACUGCCCCCGUUGCGUCUGUCGAGGCUCGGCAUUCGUGUCGGCAGUCAGGUACAUUGGGUCACCCUAGUUCAUGUUCACACUUCAAUGUAAAGGAAAAUGGAAUCGCAGAUCAGGAUGAGGGCAUUGUGCGGCUCCGCUGUGGCGGGAUAUCAUGAUACAUCUGCUCCCUAUAUUUAUCUUUCUCCAAGAAGCCAGGUCAACGCACGGCGAUGGACAUAGCUUCGGGGUGGAGCCCCUGUGCAACCUCGAUCUC